AUGAAGUUAACAAUCUAUCAAUUUAUUAAAAUAUUUCUGCUGCUGACAGCCUUUUUCUUUCUCGAUUCUCUUAAAAUUGCUGUUGUACGUUGUGUAGAUAAUAGUGAUAAUCUUAUUAAGUUCAACACACAAAUUGCUAUAAAGUCACAGCACGACCAAUACGAACAAUACGAGCAGCAAGAGCAGCAAAAGCAACAGCUAGAGCAACAGCAACAGCAACAGCAACUUAAUGCAAGUCAAGCUAUACAAAACCUGAUUACAAGAGCAACAAUAAUUACAAGGAAUAUUGCGAACAAAGCGACUACUCCCAGUUCAAUAAACACUACGACUACACAAUUAACAACAACUGAAACAACUGAAACAACAACAGGGAAAAUAACAAUUACAAACACAGCAGCAACACCAACAACAGCAACAUUUCAUAGCGCUUUCAUAACAAUUUUAACUAACAUUUCAGCAACUGAAAACGUUGCCGUUGAUUUAACAAACACGAAAUCACCACAAACACUAAAACCGACACAGAAUGCUCUUCUGCAUAAAACCACAACCUCAACGGCAAAAUUUCAGGCAGCAACAUCUUUACCAAAAACAAAAACAAAAACAAAAAUAAAAAUAAAAAACCAUAAUGCAUUUGAAAAAUUGAAUUCAAACUCAACUGCAGAACUAACAGUUGCAUCAACAUCAACAACAACUCGAAUAUCAGCAAUACCAACACCACCGAACGCACCAGCAGCAGCAGCAGCAGCAGCAAUAUCAGGCAGACAAAAAUCAACACCUUUUGAAUUGUUACAGGAACCACAACGACAACACCACCAGCAACGAAAACGGCGAUUACAACAACCACUGCAGAAGGAACCACAGCAAUAUGUGGGCGUUUUAAUGCCAACGUCAAUACUAGAUAAAAUGCAAAUGCAACAGGGUUUCCAGAACUUCGUCGAUUUUUUCAAAGUGAGCUUAAAAAACGUCCACGUUGAUUUCAUACGUGAUGAUGAUUUGAGUGGCUUCAUUAAACUACUGGCACAACCCAAGUACACCACUGUGGUGAAGACAUUAAAUGCGGACAUUAAUAUGUACGAUGACCUUUUUGAAGGAGUCUCAUCUUUGAGCGAACUACACGAAGAGCAACUUAGCAAGUUAAGGCAGACGUCAACAACACAAACGACAACGGCAAUGCCAACAACAAAUACUGCUGCCGUUGUUGGUUAUUGCCACUUGGCUGAAGAACUAUCACGAGAUUUUAACAAAAGCGUUAUAUUAUGGCCAUGUCUGAAAAUGAAGGUAAGUUCAAGUGGAUUUGCUACUUUAAGAAGGAAAUUAUUUGCGUUAUUGUUUAGAAAUGAGUUUUUGUUUUAA